CCGCGCCUCACUGGCGGCGGCGGCAGUGGCGGCGGCGGCGGCUCCGGGAGCCGGCGCGAAUCCGGCCCCCGCUGCGGGACCCGGGCAGGUCUGGACAAGCCCCGCCUGGGCCCGAGCGCACGGAGGAUGGAAACACUCCCCGGCAAUGUCUCUGGGCCGCCUCCUUCGCCGGGCCUCCUCCAAAGCCUCGGACCUCCUGACGCUCGCCCCUGGCGGCGGCGGUGGGCCCCCCACCGCCCUGGAUGGGGAAAUCAUCUACUCCAAGAACAACGUCUGCGUGCACCCACCCGAGGGGCUGCAGGGGCUGGGGGAGCACCACCCAGGCUACCUGUGCUUGUACAUGGAGAAGGAUGAACUGCUGGGGGCCACUCUCAUCCUUGCGUGGGUCCCCAACUCCCGGAUCCAGAAGCAGGACGAAGAGGCGCUGCGUUACAUCACCCCCGAGAUCCCCGUGCGCAAGGCACCCCGGCAUCGGGGCCGGCGCAGCCAGAGCUCAGGGGCCCCCCACCAGCCAUCCCCCACGGAGCCCAGGCCCCCCCUGACCCCCAGGGACGAUGACAUCCUGGUGGUGGCCCAGAGCAUCCGGGACCCCGAGCACGCCAGCCCUUCGUCCGAGGACAGGGAGAAGCUGGCCCUCGGCCUGGGGACAGAUGGCCCCCUCCCCGUCUCACAGCCGGUCCACAGCGACUCGGGAAUCUUAUCAGCGGUCAGUUCGCAGGACGGGAUGGAAGAGGGCCGGGAGCUGCGGCCCGAGGCGGGCGAGGAGGAGGGCUCCUUGGAGCUGUCGGCCGAGGGCGUGAGCAGGGCCAGCUCCUUUGACUCGGACUCGGAGGCCUUCUCUUCGCCCUUCUGCCUCUCGCCCAUCAGCGCCGCCCUCGCGGAGAGCAGCAGCUCGGUGUUCCUGGAAAGCGAGAGCUGCUCCCCGUCCAGCACCGAUGCCCACCUGCAGUUCCCCGACGGCAGCGGCCUCCUGCAGUCGGAUGAGCCACAGCGGGCGUGCGCCCUGGAGCAGAUCUGUGGCGUGUUCCGUGUGGACCUGGGGCAGAUGCGCUCCCUCCGCCUCUUCUUCAGCGAUGAGGCCUGCACCAGCGGCCAGCUGGUCGUUGCCAGUCGGGAGAGCCAGUACAAAGUCUUCCACUUCCACCACGGUGGCCUGGACAAGCUGCCUGAUGUGCUUCAGCAGUGGAAAUACUGUGCAGAGACGCACCUCAAAGACCAGCAGGUCGCCGACGAGAAGACGUGCAUGCAAUUCUCCAUCCGGCGUCCCAAACUGCCGUCGUCCGAGACGCACCCCGAGGAGAGCCUGUACCGAAGGCUGGACGUGGCGGCCUGGCUCCGCCACCUGAACGCGCUGGGCCAGGUGGAGGAGGAGUACAAGCUGCGCCAGGCCAUUUUCUUCGGCGGCAUUGAUGUGUCAAUCCGGGGGGAGGUCUGGCCCUUCCUGCUGCGUUAUUACAGCCACGAGUCGACGUCGGAGGAGAGGGAGGCGCUGCGGGUGCAGAAGAGAAAGGAGUACGCCGAGAUCCAGCAGAAGAGGCUCUCCAUGACCCCGGAAGAGCACAGAGCCUUCUGGCGAAACGUGCAGUUCACCGUGGACAAGGAUGUGGUCCGGACAGAUCGCAGCAACCAGUUCUUUCGAGGCGAAGGCAAUCCCAACGUGGAGAGCAUGAGGAGGAUCCUGCUGAACUAUGCGGUGUACAACCCGGCCAUCGGCUACUCCCAGGGCAUGUCGGACCUGGUGGCGCCUAUCCUGGCCGAGGUCCUGGACGAAUCAGACACCUUCUGGUGCUUUGUGGGUUUGAUGCAGAACACGAUCUUCGUCAGCUCCCCCCGGGAUGAGGACAUGGAGAAACAGCUGCUGUACCUACGGGAGCUUCUGAGGCUGACCCACCCGCGCUUCUACCAGCAUCUGGUCUCGCUAGGUGAGGACGGCCUGCAGAUGCUCUUCUGCCACCGCUGGCUCCUGCUGUGCUUCAAGCGGGAGUUUCCUGAGGCCGAGGCACUUCGGAUCUGGGAGGCCUGCUGGGCCCACUACCAGACGGAUUACUUCCACCUUUUCAUCUGCGUGGCCAUCGUGGCCAUCUAUGGCGAUGACGUCAUUGAGCAGCAGCUGGCCACCGACCAGAUGCUUCUGCACUUUGGAAACCUGGCCAUGCACAUGAAUGGGGAGCUUGUUCUCAGGAAGGCGAGGAGUUUGCUGUAUCAGUUCCGCCUCUUGCCCCGGAUCCCCUGCAGCCUGCACGACCUGUGCAAGCUGUGUGGUUCCGGCAUGUGGGACAGUGGUUACAUGCCUGCUGUGGAAUGCACCGGCCAGCACCCCGGGUCGGAGAGCUGCCCCUACGGGGGCACCGCGGAGACCCCUUCACCCAAGCCCCCCAGAGAAGGCAGGAAGGGCCCAAAGACGCCUCGGGAAGGCUUCGGUUUCCGAAGAUAGGUUGGGUUUCUGCAGAUAGGUUGAGCUCCCUGUGCUGGAUGAGGGGUGAGGGGGUCUCAGCCAGGUCCUGAACACAUGGGAGGGGGUGGGGAUGGGCAUGGAGGGGACGGGAUGGUAGAAACAUAAAGAAAAUGCCCGUGGGCGACACGAAGGAAACUUUUCAUAUUAAGGACAAAAUCAGAGUCCGGAAGUGACAGAAGUAAAACCCACCAGCUGCCCAGAGAAAAGUCAGCUCCCCCAAUAGCGGGACUAGCAUGCACGGCCACCCUACCCGGAGACACGGGCUGGCUGCCUUUGAUGGAUCUCCACACAUCCGAGGACUUCCUCCAGCUUCAUCAGCCACCGAAAGGUGUUGCCAGCAUCAGGAAAGGUGGGGACGGGAGGAGAGGCCUUGUUCACCCACUGUGCCAGAACAAGGGGUUCCCAUCCAGGCCCAGAGACAUCUUUGCAAGCUGGACACACCCCUUCAUCAGGCCUCAUGCUCUGAGCGAGCCAAACACACUCCACAGCUUCUCAAGCCACAGCUGCAAAGCUGAUGCGAAGACAUCUGCAAAAAAAGAAAAAAAGAAAGGAAAAAGCCCUACUGGUUUCAGGGUAGAGAGGUGUGAGAGCAGAGGAGCUGGGGGCUUCUACACCAUCCAUUUCAACAUCCUAGCCUCCCGGCGUGUGUAGGAAUCUGCUUCCUGCGAGCCAGAGCAGGGCUGUUGAAGUGUUGGAUUCCUCUCCCUUAGCUGGGAAGUGUCUACGUCCGGCACUGUUUAAGGCCAACCUCACCAGAUACAGCAACCAACUGGGGGCUAGAUGGGUCAAGAUGUGUGCGUGUGUGUGUGCGCAUGUGCACACGUGCACGCACACGCAAAAUGCUCUGAAGGAAAUCUGCAGCGUUUGUCGGAAGGGGUAGUAUAUUAAUUGACCACUCCAGACAAAGGCACCUGAAAGUGCCAGAAAGACUCCCGCUUCUCUGCAGGGCCUGUGGUCUGCUCUGAAGGCGGGUCUUCCUUAAGUCAGCCUCUCAUGUGGUCGGACACGAGAGCGGCCACUGUACUGUAGCCAUCACUCAGGGCACCUCUGCUUUCUGUGUGGGGACCUGGUCUUCCCAGCGCCCUCUCCCUGCUCCCAAAGAUUCUUCUCAGUUGCUCCUUCUGGGACUGGAGGACAGACACGAGCGGGGAGGGCCCCAGCCGGUGUAAAGGGGUGGAGCCAUUUGCACAGGAAGCCGCCUCUUGAACUGGUGGGAGCAAGGAGCCUGCAUCCUUCCUCGAGUCCUCCUGCACAUCCUUCUGGGGAGAAAAAUCCUGGAAGUGCCGAGAGUCAUUGCGGGGACCCAGCCCCAUCGAGGCUCCUUCCUGCUCUCAGCUUUUCUCCCUGAGAGUGGACGCUGCUGGAUGGCGCCACUUUAAAAAGAUGUUUAUCAACAGGAAAGAGGAAGUUAUCAGCCUCCUCCCUUCUCAGUUUCUCUCAUUUCGCCAAGGCCAAGUUCUCCAGCAGGCAGGAGACUGACCCUGGUACUCCCAAGUUCCUGGCCCUGAGGUCCAGGAGCUUUUUGGGGAGACCAUCCUUUGCCCCAUCUGUGCCCAGAUCUUGAGGCGCAGAUAGCAGCAGCACCAUUAUAGCCCAGCAGCAGGGGCCAGGCUGGAUGGGGGUGGACUUCUCAUCUGCUCUGCUUCUGGGGAAAGAGGAUCGCCUUUCCAUGCAGAAGAUGGCUCCUGAUCCGUUAUAAAAAUGGCUUGAGUUACCCAGGCACUAUGCCAACCCUCCUCUUAGAGACCACAUCCCCGUGAACAGCAUACCAGUUAUCCAUUGCCACAGUGAUGCUGCAUAACAAAUAGCCCCAAACAUGGCGGGCUCGGACAGCACACCCUUACCCAGCACAUGAGUCUGUGGAUCGGCAGCCCAGGCUGGGCGGUUCUGCUCUGGGUUGGGCUUGCUUCUGUGCCUGGCAGGAUGCUCACACAUGUCAAGGCCAGACUUGGCUUUGCUCCAUGCCUCCUGCAUCUUUCCUGCAAGCCAAUCCCGGCCAAGGCAAAAGUACGGAAUCAGAAGCGUGCAGGCCCCUUCCAAAGCCUUGGCGGAUGCCAUGCUGCCAUCCCAUUGGCCAAAGCAAGUCACAUGGCCCAACUCAGCAUCAAGGGAUGUGGAAACGGACCCUUCCCUGCAGUAGGAGAAGCUGCGCAGUGACCAGCGAGGGGCUGGGAAUUCAGGGAGAGGUGAGGAACCGGGCGACUGUUCCGGGGCUGGAUAACCCCGCUUUGGAACUUGCCUUUCACCAGGAGCAUGACUUCCCCUGCAGGGGGCGGGAGAUGCCCCAGCGGGGAGAGUGCGCCCACCUCCCCCUCUGCAGUGGAGAGGGUCUAUACAUUUUAUUACCAUACCUUGUGCCUUUGGGCUGCUGUGUGUGCGGUGGAGGGAGAAGGGUCCUCGGAUCCCUCACUGUGAAGGGUCUGGGGUGAAAAGCAUGAGUUCUGAAUUUCCUAGCCCCCCAGCCCCUCACCCCCACAGCUCCCCAAGACCUCGACCCAAGUGCCACCCCUGCCCUCACUGCUUCCAUCUCUCCCGCUGUGGGCUGGGCCGCGCCCCGGUGAGAUCUAGGCCUCUCGGAGCAGCCAGGACCUCGAAAGCCAAAGACCCGAAUGUGUGGGCUCUUGGAGGACCCCCAGCUCCAGAGGAUGGAGUAGGCCCACCCCUGCACGGCUCCCUUAAUCUGGAUGCAAUUAGAGAAAACCAGCCAAAAACCCUGCGGCAGCUGUUGCCCCAGGAUUAUUCCCAGCCAGCAAAAGGCAUUAGGGUGAUAAUUCAGUCAUUAGACUUCUAGCCUUCCCACCGCCAGAAUGUGCAAAUAUGGGAUAAUCAGCCCGGCACGGCCAUCCUCGGCGAUGCUGCUUAUUUAAACCAUUUUUUUAAAAUGACACUUAGUGUUAUUGGCCGGUGUGCGUGUGCACGCAUAUUUAAAAGUUUCCCCACCGCGAACGUCUGUGCUGACGUUACACGAUGUCGUCGGGGCCUCUGGGAAGAGAGGGCACCUUUGAUGUACAUGUGCUGGCACGGAAAGGGCAGCGGGGGUGGGGGCUUGACUGCUCUGGAGCGGGGGAUGGGGUUCAGCGUCCCAGGGAAGGGGGACGAUGGCAGGACGGAGCCGGACCUGGGAAGGCGGGGGUGCGCAAGCUGGGGAAAGUACAGUUGGGGGCCGGCUGGGUGCACAGGGGAGCAGUAUGCUAUUCCAGAAGGUUCUGACUUAUGUCCCAGCGGGGAAGUCUUAGAACUCACAAGUCAAGGGAAUUGUGGUUCUUGAGCCAAUUAGAGGCGGGGGAUGGGUGGGCUGAGGGCGCCUCUCCAGCCCACCUCUGCAGAGGAGGAGGAUUGCGGUCCAGAAAGGCAGUUCCACGGGCAGCCUCAGUCUGGAUGCCGUCAGCGGGCAGUGCUGUGUUGUUCUGAUCAGCUAAGUAUCGGGCAGGAUGGAGGGGUUUGAAUCCAGGGCCUGGGAGCAGGCAGCUGGUCAGGAUAAAGAUACUGGUCCUGAAACAAGGGCCUUGGCUGGCAGAGGUCACCCAGCCUGACCUCUGAUGGCUGGACAUAGGGAAGGGGGACUGUAGUGGGAGACCUCCGGCUCUCUCGUUUGGGAGGAAUAGCAGGGAGGGGGCGGCCCCCAGAGUUGGGCUUAUGGCCGAGCACUGCCCGGCGGAAGCCCCCAUCCUUCCGUGCAGGCGCUGGGUUCACCAGACCCAGGGAAGGGAGGCUCUUCCAGUCUGUCUGCUCAGCCAAGGCCCCCAGAGGCCUCUCUGCCUCCGACGAAAGAGAAGGAAGGCGUUCCCCAGGGAAAAAGCCCCACACACGGGCAGGGUGCGGCCUGUGCCAGAGGCAGAGGCACUGGUCCAGGGCUGGGGAACCGGACAGCCCAGGAUCUGAUUAGCUCUGCGUCUCUGCAAGGCUGUCACUUGGAGUGAAAGCAUUGUGACCUCAGCCGUCCCUGGCUAAGAGGGAACUGCCCCCAAACCAAAUGGCUCAUUUCCUGGCAAGCUGUGACGCCUGAGGACAGGGAUUCCCCAAAAGGGGUGGGUAGUGCUCCACGGUGGGAAGACACUUCCCUGGGGGUCCCGAACCUGGCUCUUGUCCUGCCUCUGACCCUUCCCAAGUGCAUGGCCUUCCCCCGCCCUGAGCCCGAGGUUCCGUCACUGGCAGAAUGAGAAUGGCACCGCCCGCCCAGCCCACCUCGCAGGACCGCCCUGGAGACUUUCCUGGUAAAGGUUGCCCAGGGACCUCACCUGCCACUCAGGGAAGAGACCACUGAGGGUGACCUUGUAGCCUUGGCCGGGAGGCGGCAUGCCCCCGACCUGAGAGCUCGCCCUGCUCUGGGAGUCCGCAAACCCACUCCCUCCCCUGCGUCCACGUGCUGCGCAUCCCCCACUGAGGGGACCGCUCUGUGCCUCUUCUAUGAAAUUCACCCCAUGCCACCCCACUCCUUCCAUGAGGAAAACCAACCAUGAGCCAUGACCUUGAAGAUCCUGAAAGAUGUGUCUGUGUGCAGCGUGCCAGGCUCUGCAGCAGGGAUGUGGUCCUGGCCUCAGGGUCUCCUCCAUGGCUGUGAAACACACCCAAGUGUGGGGCUCCUGGGUCAGGCUGUAGAGACCAGAGAGGGGCGCCCCUGGCCCUCUGGGGCAGGGCAUGUGUGCAAACAGCCUGCAGGAAUCUGGUCCUUCAAUAUAUUGUGCUGAAUUUCUAGGUAGGAAGGUAACAUUUCACGUUCAAAGAGAUCAAGUCACAUGGUCGUCUCUCCAGCAUCUUGAGUUCGUCAGAGGGCAGGGUUUCUGUUGUUUAAGGGAAAGUUUAAUGAAAUUUCCACCAUCACCAAGAGAUUACUGAUGUCAGUGACAAGCGAUUUGUUCUCUGUAUUUUACUUUGUUUGGGUUUUUAAAUACAACUGCCCGCUGGUCAGGCCAUGCCCCAGGCUCAGGUCUGGCCAUCCUGACCCCUGGGGCCACCGUCCUACAGUGCUUCCGGCUCUCAUGGAUUCCACUGCAAAGUAAAUAAAAUCAUACUGACAACAAA